GUUCUUGUUGCAGAGACUAUAAAGCUCUUCUGCUAUCUCCACGGAAACGAAAAUAACUAUCUGUAUGUACCUACCUUAAAAGAUAAAAAACUUUCCACGAUACUUUAGCAAAAUAUUUUAAGUAAUGUUUAAUGAGGUUUCUGAUGAUGUAAAUAAAGAGUACGCUUUGUUUGUAACAGUCUGCUCAUAAAAAUAGACAUUUGGUGCUAAAAUGGACCAAGAUGAUGACAUACCAGUGCCCAUAAAUAAUGAUUUGGAAAGGACAAUCGCUGACGCGUUCGAAGUCUUCGACCAUGCGGGCAACAAAAUAAUAGAUGUCCGGGAAGUGGGUACCAUAGUCCGUGGUCUGGGCUGUUGCCCAACUGAAGCUGAAGUCCAAGAGAUAGUCAUGGCCGUUGAAGAUCAACGUAGUCCAGGAAGCGUCCAUCUUUCGAAAUUUUUACCAUAUGUUUCCCAACUCAUCACCGAACAUAAGUAUGAACCUGCCAGUCCUGAAGAGCUUCUUGAGGCAUUUAAAACAUUGGAUUUUGAGGGCAAAGGCUUUUUAACUAAAGACUAUAUCUCUACACUAAUGACUCAAGAUGGAGAACCGUUCAAUCAAGAUGAGCUUGACGAAAUGCUGGAAAUAGCAAUUGACCCACACACACAGACCGUCCCAUAUGAAUAUUACAUAAAUCAACUGAUGCAUGAACCUUUAGGUGAAGACAACAUAUUUGCAUUAGCAAGGCGAGUAGAAUCUGAAAAACCCCCACCUCUUCCCCCUCCUCGUAGGAUGUCCGAAUAUUUAAGAUUGCCGGAAGGUUUUUUCAUAAAUUGAAAAAGAUCGAUGCUCUCCACUAAAUAGAUGCAGUCAAAUUGGAGUUUGAAACUUACAAUAUGCUCCAAGCCCUCUUGCACAGUAUGAUCUCUGGAAUAAACUAAACUAAGUUUUGUUCCCUGGAUUGC